GUCAUUUUACUUUUGAUGAGGUUUUUUGAGAUCGCAUUCCUUUAUAAGAAGAAUUCAGACAAUUUAGGUUUAGUGGUUUCUCAAAAUAAUUCAUUGCUUUUGUGCUUUCAUAUGUUCUCUAACCAAAACAUGUAGGAGGUAGGAUAUGGAAGGCAACUAAACUUAUAAAGACUUUGCCAUUUGAUCAGAGUAUGAAUAGUCUAAUGCAUAUGAUAAAACUGGAUGGAACUGAGCACUUGCUUGGCUGGCUAGGCAUGCCAUCGAGCUCCACUCUUACCCGGGCUUGAAACCGGUGCCCACCUCUUAAGUGCAAGCCAGAGUUCCUGGCAUAAUUUACAAAAAAAAAAGGGACUAACAGAAGGUGUGACUUGCCACACUUUUGGGAAAAGAAGUGUGGCAAAAUGUGGGUAAGCAACCAUGCACACCAUAAAUAUUAAACAUUUCGUGGCUAACUUGGACUAGAUCAAUUGCAUCUGCUCUGAGCCCAUGGACUCAAAAGCCAACCAGUUGUGCUACUCUUGAUGUAUUUUUCAUGGCAGGAUUGAGGGUGGAGUUGCAUAGCAUACUUUACGAAGAUGUCUUCCUCUUUUGUAUGCUCAUACUCCCUCCGAUCAUAAAUACAUGUUAUUUUGGAAAAGGCUUGGUCAAACUUUUAAAACUUUGACUAACAAUAGCUUUCAAAAUAUUUAGUUUGGAAAACUUAAAAUCAUGUGUAGAUUUGUCUUGAAAAAUAUUUUCAUAAUAUCACAAAUUAAUGAUUUUAUAAAUAUAUUUUAAUAGAAAAUAGUGGUCAAAGCUAUGCAUUGAAGACCGUGUCUUAUCCAAAACGACAUGUAUUUAUGACUGGAUGGAGUAAUUUUUUUCCAAGGGAGUAUGAGACAUCUUGUUUUCCAGUUUCAUUUAUGCGAUGUUCUGACAACCCAGGGUUUGAGGACUUUAGCACACCUGUGAAUAUUUCUGUGUGAUGACAUUGCAGAACAACAUAUUUUGCCAGGAAUACUAAGAUCCAGAUAUUCUUGUCCCUUUUUUCUCCUUAUUUUGUCACGUGAUAUAAAUAUGAAUGUGAUCAAAAUCUUCUUCAACUUCAAUUGAACUAAAUUUCCUUCGAAUUUGUAUUCACUGGUAUGAUUAGGAGCGGUUCUGAAGGGGUUUUUUUUGGGGUGUUGGUUGGGGCCAGCUGGACUGUCAAUACUUGUCUUGAUUAUCUCCUCUCUUUUUUCUAUUGCAUCCAAACAGAAUAGUUGGCUUGCAAGGCAUCGAUGGGUGCCGUCCAUGCAUGACCAUCUCUUGUCAUGUGUGCUGGGCAUGUAUGCCGCAUGCAUUAUCAGGUAGCUAGCAGCCACGCCGCGUGUUUGCUUCCACGGAAAACCGGCCUGCCGUUUCCAUUUCACCACUAGCUACCUCCAUCCAACAGCCCUCACACCAUCUGUCCAUCGCUCUCCCUCUCUAUCUCUCUCUUUGCAAAACAAAAAAAUUGGGUGUACUUCUGUACACCCUUGACCCUACGUGGACCCGCCCCUACGGCAUGCUGCAUGCGUCGCUAGCAGCCGCGCCGCGCGUUUGCUUUCACGGAAAACCGGCCUGCCGUUUCCAUUUCACCACUAGCUAUCUCCAUCCAACAGCCUUCACACCCUCCGUCCAUCGCUCUCUCUCUCUCUCCCUCUCCCUCUCCCUCUCCCUUUCCUCUCUCUAGAAUUGAAGGCAUCCCUCACAGCAUCUCUCUCUCUAGCUAGGUAGCAGUCUUUCUCCAGUCCAGAGACGAAAGAGGGCCAGAGGCUAGGGGAUCCUGGCCAGUAGAAGUACUCUAUCGAUCGAGCUCUCCUUCCUGGUGUUCCAUCUGUCUCUACAGCUACAGGUAGUUUGGUGGAUUCAUGGACAUGAUGAUCUCCAGCGCCAGCAGCACUGCAGCAUCUGCUGAUGCUCACCACCACAACCACCAGCACCAGCAGGAUCCGAUGGGCACUGCAGCGGCAUCACUGCAGACAGAGGAAGGGAGGACUGCAAAGCAGGCACGGCAGGUGGCGGCCAGCGGCGGUGGCAGGGAGCGGAAGCCUCGGCCUGCGCAUGAUCAUGCGCUCAAGUGCCCGCGUUGUGAGUCCACCAACACAAAGUUCUGCUACUACAACAACAACAGCAUGUUGCAGCCGCGCUACUUCUGCAAGGCCUGCCGCCGCUUUUGGACCCAAGGUGGCUCCCUCCGCAACGUCCCCAUUGGUGGAGGAUGCCGCAAGAGCAAGCCCUCCUCCGGCUCGUCCUCCUCCUCGGCAUCAUCCUUGCUGUCAUCCGGCUCAAGCUCCAUUAAGAUGAACAACCAGCAGCUGGUGCCGGGACAACCCAUGGUUCCUGUCUCGACGGACUUCCCCAACGUGCUCCCGACGUUUAUGUCGACCGGCUUCGAGCUCCCCAGCUACUACAUGCCCUCCGCGCCGUUGUCCUUGUCCAACCCACCUCCGGCGCUGGCUACGGGUUCUGGGACAACGGCCUCAUUUCUGGACAUGCUGGGGGGAGGGUUUCUUGAUGGCAACCAUCAGAACAGCGGCUUCUACGGCCCUACGAUCAACGGGAUGGCGAUGCCGCUGCCACCGUCAUUUGGACUUGGUGUGAUGCAGCAUCAGCAUGGGCCUAACAAUGGUGAUGUUGCUGGAUCAGCUGGAAUACUGCAGGUUGGUGAUGAUGGUGGUGCACAUCAGCAGCAGCUGGGAUUGGCACAUAACAUAGAUGUGAUGAUGGAUAGCAACAACGGCGGCGGCACAAGCAAGGACUGCUACUGGAAGAACAGCAAUGGUGCGGGUGUGCCGGGCAGUACCAGUGGUGCUUCUCCUGUGACUGCAACUAUUAAUAAUAAUCAGUGGCAAGCAGGAGCAGGAGCAGGAGCGGGAGGCCUCAUCUGAUUCCGACCUAAUUAAGCUAGCUAGUGCAAUCAUCAUGCAGCAUAUAUGCUUCAUCCGUCAUGGAAGCUCAAGGGAAUGUGUAGUUAGAGCGUUUGUGGUCAUGCAUGAUGUCAAGUCAUCAUGCAUCGCAUUUUUCUUCAUUUGCAUGCGUACAUGAGGUUUGUCAUAUCGCCAUUACUUAGUUAUGCUUGUUUUGGAUAAUUUUAUCUCCAGUGGACUUAAUAUAUUCCUCUUGUUUUGUUAAUUAUAG